ACCAACCCAGAAGCUCAACCUACCAACACCAUGGUCAGUUCCUGUUGUGGCUCCACCUGUUGUGGUCCAAGCUGUGGCUCUGGCUGCUGCAACCCAUGCUGCUGCCGCCCCAGCUCCUGUAUUACUAGCUGCUGCCAGCCCUGCUGCCGCCCCAGCUGCUGUAUUACUAGCUGCUGCCAGCCCUGCUGCCGCCCCAGCUGCUGUAUUACUAGCUGCUGCCGCCCCAGCUGCUGUAUUUCUAGCUGCUGCCAGCCCUGCUGCCGCCCCAGCUGUUGCCAACCCUGCUGCCGCCCCACCUGCUGUAUUUCUAGCUGUUGCCAGCCCUGCUGCUGCCGCCCCAGCUGCUGCGGGUCUAGCUGUUGCCAACCCUGCUGCUGCCGCCCUACCUGCUGCACAUCUAGCUGUUGUCAACCCUGCUGCCGCCCCACCUGCUGCUACAUCACCUGCUGCAGAACCAACUGCUGCAGACCAGCCUGCUGUGGGUCUUCUUGCUGCUGA